AUGGUAUGCAUAGCUGCAGCCUUCGUUGCGAUGCGUUUCACCUUCAAGGGCACCGUGUCGAGGAUGGACUUUGGCUACGACGACUGGUGCGUGCUGGCGACACUCAUAGCCGCUAUACCCAGUGCCGUCAUCACUGUUUUUGGCACUGUGAAGAAUGGACUUGGCCAAGAUCUCUGGACCCUGACACCGACGGAGAUCACUCAGAUGCUGCAAUAUUUCUAUAUUAUGGCCUGGCUCUACUUCACGCAGCUUAUGCUGUUGAAACUCACGCUACUGUUCUUCUACAUCCGCGUGUUCCCCAGCAAAGGCGUUCAACGACUACUAUGGGGUACAAUCGUCUUCACCAUACUCUGGGGUGUCGCCUUCAUCAUCGUCGCGAUAUUUCAAUGCCAGCCCAUCCAGUACUUCUGGACAAAGUGGGAUGGCAUGCACGAAGGUACUUGUCUCGAAAUCAACGCCAUCACUGCAUCGAACGCGGCCAUAUCCAUCGCCUUGGACUUCUGGAUCCUGGGUGUACCUCUUUGGCAGCUUUGGGGCUUGAAGCUACACUGGAAGAAGAAGGUCGGUGUAGCGCUUAUGUUCUGCGUUGGUACCUUCGUCACCGUCGUCAGCAUCCUGCGUUUACAAGCCUUGGUUCACUUUGCCGCUUCAUCGAACGUAAGCUGGGAGUUCUACGACGUCUCGAUGUGGAGCACGAUUGAAAUCUGCGUCGGCAUCAUGUGCGCCUGCCUCCCAACCCUCCGUCUUCUCCUGGUCAGACUCUUCCCCAUUCUGGGCGGCUCAUCGGCACGCAGCCGUCAAUACUACAACUACGGCAGCAACAACGAACUCAGGAACGUCAGUCAAAAACACAAGUCGUACAACUUGAACACGGCUAUAUCGAGCCCUCGUUCAGAGUCGUUCGAUACGAAAGUGGAAGAUGGCAUCAGAGUCAAGACAUCAUAUCACGUAAAGCACAGCCAUAGUCAAGGAGACACGGAUGAGGCUAGCUUGGUUAGCUAUGAGGGAAAGCAGAGGCCAAGGUAG